CAAAUUUAAGCGUCUUAUGACAAAAUGACGAUAUACAAUCUGUAUAUAUUUGACAAAAUGGGCACUCUGAUGCACUACGCCGAGUGGAAUCGCACCAAGAAAUCAGGCAUUACACGAGAAGAGGAAGCUAAGCUUACAUAUGGCAUGCUAUUCUCGAUCAAGUCGUUUGUCAGCAAAAUAUCGCCACACGAUCCGCGCGAGGGAUUCCUUUAUUACAAAACAAAUCGAUAUGCUUUGCAUUAUCUGGAAACGCCCUCAGGAUUAAAGUUUGUGCUAAACACCGACACGACAGCGAUUAACGUUAAGGAACUGCUGCAGCAGCUAUAUGCCAAAGUCUGGGUGGAGUACGUCGUUCGUGAUCCGCUCUGGAUGCCCGGCACAGUGGUCACCUCCGAGCUAUUCCAGAGCAAACUCGACGAGUUUGUCAAGCAGUCGCCCAUUUUUGGCAUUCGAAAUAUUUAGUGAUUUACAUAGCGCCACUGUUAAAUUAAGUUAAUUGCAUUGCAUAAAACUGCAAAUGAUGUGUCACAUAA